GCAUUGAUUUUUAAAUGAUAAUGAAUAGUACAACAAUUAGUAUUAUUUUUAGUCCAGUAAUUCUUUAAUAUUAAUUUAAUUAUGGCUAUUGUUUUUAGUAGACCCGCAUUUUGUAGAAGUAUUUCGUAUUUCUUAUUGAAUGAUUAUAAGGCAUUUUCUACAAGUUUAGUUAGUUGCAGUAAUGUGUAUAGCAAUCAAAACAAAAAUCAUACUAAAACAAACAAAAAAAAUAAUUUAACAUGUUAUCAUAUUGGUGGUGCACAUGUCAAAGAAAGUAUGCCCGUAAUGGAAACUAGUUCUGUUACGGGAAAAGAAAUGAUGAUGGGUAUGUUGCAAUAUAUUUGGCCCAAGAACGAUUCAUCAAUUCGUAAACGCGUGACAUUAGCAAUGGGUUUAUUAGCAACUGCAAAAAUUUUAAAUGUAUCUGUCCCGUUUCUAUUAAAAUUUGCUAUUGAUGAAUUAAAUGUAAAUAUGGGUCCUGGAGGGGAAGCAUUAUUGACACUAAAUACAGCUCCUGAAACAGCUUUUACACUUGCUACUACUUUGUUGAUAUCGUAUGGAGUUUGUAGAGCCGCAGCUGCUGGUAUGAAUGAACUACGCAAUGCUGUAUUUGCAAGUGUUGCUCAACAAUCUAUAAGAAAAAUUGCAAGAAAUGUUUUUUUACACCUUCAUAACAUGGAUCUAAGUUUUCAUUUAUCUAGGCAAACUGGAGCUCUUUCUAAAAUUAUUGAUAGAGGAAGUCGUGGAAUUAAUUUUGUGCUUACAGCUAUGGUUUUCAACAUAGUACCUACAAUAUUUGAGUUAUCUGUUGUCAGUACCAUUUUAGGAAUUAACUGUGGUUCUGAAUUUGCUGCUUUGUCUUUUGGCUGUGUCUUUCUUUAUGCUACAUAUACUUUGUUAGUUACUCAAUGGCGAACUAAAUUUCGGAUUUAUAUGAAUAAAGCUGAAAAUGAGGCUGGUAAUAAAGCCAUGGACUCUCUGAUAAAUUAUGAAACUGUUAAGUAUUUUAACAAUGAGCUGUAUGAAGCUAACAGAUAUGAUAAAGUACUUAAAAAAUUUGAAGCUGCAUCUCUUAAAACUAGUUCUAGCUUAGCUCUUCUAAAUUUUGGUCAAAAUGCUAUUUUUAGUAUUUCUAUGAGUGCAGCGAUGGUAUUAGCCGCCAAACAAAUAGCUGAAGGUAAUAUGACUAUUGGUGACUUAGCUAUGGUAAAUGGAUUACUUUUUCAAUUAUCAAUGCCUCUUGGAUUCUUAGGCUCUGUGUAUAGAGAAGUAAGACAAGCUUUACUUGAUAUGCAAAGUAUGUUUGGAAUAAUGGCUUGCAAUCCAUCUAUUAAGAAUAAGGUGAAUGCAAUACCAUUAAAAAUUACCCCAGAAAAUGCUUCAAUUGAAUUUCGAAAUGUUAGUUUCGAAUAUCAAAAUGGUAAACGUAUCUUAGACGAUUUGUCAUUUUAUGUUCCACCUCAUAAAAAAGCUGCUAUUAUUGGAGGAUCUGGAAGUGGAAAAUCAACAAUAAUUAGACUAAUGUUUCGAUUUAUUGAACCAAUUUCUGGUGAUAUAUUUAUUGGAGGAGAAAAUAUAAAAAAUAUUGAUAUUGAAUUAUUACGAAAAUGUAUGGCGGUUGUACCUCAGGAUACAGUUUUAUUUCAUGAUACGUUUAUGUAUAAUCUUCACUAUGGAAAUUUGAGUAAAACAGAUGAAGAUGUUAUUGAAGCAGCCAAAUUAGCCGAAUUGCAUAAUUCAAUUUUAAAACUUCCUAAUGGAUAUUCAACACAAGUUGGUGAAAGAGGUCUUAUGAUAUCUGGUGGUGAAAAACAACGUGUAUCAAUAGCAAGGGCUAUUCUUAAAGGGAGUCCUAUUUUAGUAUUUGAUGAAGCUACAUCAUCACUUGAUUCUAUAACUGAACAGAAUAUAUUGAAAGCAUUACAAAGGGCUACAAUAAAUAAAACCAGUAUAUUUAUAGCACAUAAAUUGUCCACAAUUAAAAAUGCAGAUGAUAUAUUCAUAUUAAAAAAUGGUAAAAUAGAAGAACAUGGAACACACCAACAACUUAUUACAAAAUCAUCAGAAUAUUUUAAAAUGUGGAAUAUCCAACACCAAAACUCUUAGUCAAUUUUUUUUUGUUUUGUUGUAUAUGAACCAUUACUAUUACACUUAUUAAUAAUCAAAUGAGUACUUAUACUUGUUCAUUAUAAGUACAUUGUUGUUUAUAGUUAUUAUUAAAAUUUGAAAUUAUUUAUAUGUCAACUGAAGAAUAGUUUUUAAUAUUUAAUUGUUUUAAAUUAUAAUGCAGUCUACUUUAUUUCAAAAACAUUUCCAAUUAAGCUUAUGUUUUUUAAACUCAAUAUAAAUAUAAGAAAUACAAACAAAAAAAGACUCAA